AUGAGCUCCAAGAUAAUAUCCCCCACAGGAGACUGGGCGCUAUGGCAAAUGGUGGAUUCGCUUUUUCCAACGGGAGGAUUUGCGCAUUCAUUAGGGCUGGAGGCCGCAGUACAGGAAGGACUCGUGGUUGCUUCAUCAUUACGUACAUUCCUCUCGGCGUCGCUGCACCAGAGUGCUAAUUUUGCAAUGCCCAUUGUGUUUUCGGCGCAUCAGAUCACAGCGACAUCGAUGAAGAAUAGCUGUGAUUUGGUUGAAUCAGUUUUAGAUCUCAACAAACAUGCCGUCGCGCUUUACUCAAAUCAUGUCGCGCGCAAAGCCUCGUUUGCCCAAGGCGCGGCACUUCUCAGACUAGCACUGUUCAUGUAUGGCCCAAAAUAUCCACAAUUUCAGACGCUGGUGUCAAUGCGAAAUAAUGCAAAGGAGCACGGAGGUAUUCAUCACGCCGUGCUUUUUGGUGUUGUCUGCGCGCUCUUGGGUGUAGAGGCUGAGCCUACGCAGCGAAUGUUUCUGUUUGUGACCACACGGGAUGUGCUGAGCGCCGCCACGAGGCUAAAUCUCGUGGGGCCACUCGAAGCUGCAAAGUUACAGUUCGAAAUGACGUCGCUUUUGGAACUUGUGUUCCAAGCUAAGAAGAAUCGAGUGGUGGAAGAUUCGUACUCGUCGGCGCCUUUGCUAGAUCUUGUCCAGGCCAUGCAUGAUCAGUUGUACACGCGCAUCUUUAACAGUUAA